AGGCUAUUAAAUACUAUUGUGUUGUUUCUAGUUAUUAAAAUGGUUCGCAAAUAUGUCCGAACUACUAGCAGAGGUGUAAAUGGUAAUUGGACAAUGCAGAAUAUGUGUCAUGCUAUUGAAGCUUACAAUUCCAAUGCUUGUAGCAUAAACAAAGCUGCUGUAAAUUUUGGAAUUCCUGAAGCAACACUGAGGCGUUAUAUAAAAAAGUCUUCUGAUCAGUUUCCGAUAAACAAUGGAAGGUUUCGUCCUAUAUUUUCAAUUGAAAUGGAAAAAUUACUUGCAGAGUAUUUAAUUGAGUUAAGCAAAAGAUUUUUUGGCAUGACCUCAGUGCAGCUCAGAAAGUUUGCAUACGAAUUUGCCGAAUUUAAUAAUGUUCCACAUAACUUUAACAAAGAAUUGAAAAUAGCUGGUAUUGACUGGUUAAGUGGAUUUUUAAAACGCCACAAAAAUAUUUCUUUGCGAACUCCCGAGAUGACAUCUUUGGGUAGAAUUCAAGGCUUUAACUCCCCACAGGUUGCAAUAUUUUUUGAUUUACUUCGAGACCUUUUGACAACACACAAGUUUUUACCUUCAAGAAUCUUCAAUGCUGAUGAAAGUGGGGUACCCACUGUACCAACAAAAAUCCCUAAAGUAUUUUCGAUCAAAGGCAUUAAAAGAGUAGGCAAAGUUGUUUCUGCUGAAAGAGGAAAAACUGUGACCAUAGUUUGUAGCAUGAAUGCUGUUGGAAUUUAUAUACCUCCUGCUUUUAUUUUUCCGCGAAAAAAUAUGCGAAAUGAUUUCAUGGACAACUCUCCACCUGACUCAGUUGGAUUUGCCCAUAAGUCUGGUUGGAUGACACAGGAAAUUUUUUUAGAUUAUUUAGAACACUUUGCCAAUCAUACUAAACCAACCAUUGCUGAUCCUGUUUUGUUGAUUGUGGAUAAUCAUAACUCGCACAUAAGUUUUUCAGCCAUUGAAUUUUGCAGAAAACAUUCAAUUGUAAUGCUAACAUUGCCACCACAUUCCACCCAUAUGAUGCAGCCUCUGGAUGUUACCUUUUUUUCUCCAUUCAAAACAUACUAUAGUCAAGCAUGUGAUAACUGGAUGGUAAAUCAUCCAGGUAGACCUAUCACUAAAGCACAGGUUCCUGCACUUGUAAGACAUGCAUAUGACAGAUCAGCAACAACUGGUAUUGCAAGAAAAGGAUUUCAAGAAACUGGAAUCUGGCCCUUUAAUCCACAGAUCUUUUCUUUGACUGACUUUGCACCAUCGAUAACAAGUGAUUGCACAGCACCAACUUAUCAGAAAAUAUCCAAUAAUCAACCAGGAAUGAUUGAAAAUCAACAGUCAACAUUAAAGCCUGUAAUUAAUGCAGUCACAACAGAAUUAACUGUAUUGUUUAAUAAUAAUGACUCUUUAUUGUUGCCAAAUGCUAAUAGUGAACCAAAAUGCAUUCAGUCGAACCUAGAUAUAAAUGUUGAUAGAACCCAAAUAAAUUUGAAUCAAGUGCCCAAAACUGUAUCACCUGAGAAUAUUCGACCUUAUCCUAUUGCUUCUAGAGUUACAAAUAAUGCUAGCCGUAAGAGAAAAUGUAAGCGAGCCGAGGUGGCAACAAGUUUGCCUUUUAAAGCUGCUGUUCAAUUAGCUACACUCAAGAAACAAGAAAAAUUGAUAAAGCAAGAUUUAAAGAAAGUUUUUAAAGAAAAGAAGGAUCAGCUUAAAAUAACAGCUGAAAAUAAAGAUAGAAAGAAAAAGAAUGACAAAGGCAAAAAAAGAGUGAUAAAAAUAUCUAACAAAGUUUGUGAAACUCAAGAAAUUUCAUGUUGGUAUUGUGAAAUUAUCUAUGGUGAUCCUAACGAUCCAUUGCUUGAUGAUGACUGGGAUAUGUGUAAAUCCUGUAAUCACUGGUGUCAUUUAACUUGUGGCCAGUAUGUUGAACGCAAAUUUAUGUGUAUUGUAUGUUACUCUUGUGUAGCUUAGUCAUUAUUUUUGUCUUUACAUUAUUUUAUUAUUCGUUAAAGUAUUUUGCUUUAUUUUGUUGGGUUUGAUUUCGCUAUUAACUAAUUAGUAGGGUGCUAUUUUUGCAUAGCUAUAUAUAAAUAUAUAAUUAAAUUGUUUUGAAACUUGAAUCGCCCUUUGUAUUAAUAAUUUUAUUAACUAAGAUUUAUAUUGCUCUUUUUUUGAGGCGGUAACAGUAUCAUGGAGUUAACUUUUAUUGUAGUCGCCAUCUUGCCCCGCAUACGGGGCAAGAUGACUAUUCGAGGUGACUUAUGUUAAUGAGUUUUUCUCCAGCUAUUUUUAAUUUGUAUAAGGUUUUUUUGAUACAAUUGUGGCGAAUAAUAAUUUGUUAU